ACUUAGGUGACUUGGUGCUCACUUUAUCGCAAAUAGAUACAGAUUAAUAACAUAUAAUACUGUAUAAUUUUAUAAUUUUUCAGAGAAACAUCAGAAACAAGAAUGACGAAAGGGCAGUGUAAUCGAUUUGUUCAUUUAAUGCCGUGUGACGUUGUGUUUAGUGUAGCCGAUGACGAUAUCAAAGCCGAUUAGUAAGAUAUCACUACAUGGAAUAAAACAUGCAUGCAUUGAUUGUUCCAUAGUGUGAUAUCCAUUAUCAAUAACCAUGUGCGCCUGUUGAACAACAUUAAACAUGUCGAAUAUCGAAUAUAGUGUAUUUAAAUAUAGUGUAGUUUAAAUUGUUUAAACUUUAUAAUAAUAUUAUUGUAUUGCUGUCUAUUCUCUGUAUACGAGUUUAACAAAAUUACAAUAGUUACCUACAUGUUUUGAUCGAAAGAUUUAAUUUUAAUUAAUUAUGGAUCAUUUUCACGAAAUAAUUGACAAUACUCCUGGCUAUGUCCGACCGGGGAAUCAAGUGGACGUAGAUUCAUUUCUUUCUGCUCGAAAUCUGGAAACACAAGCUUUGCUCAAUGAAAUACGUAAUUUAAUAUUAGAGUCGUAUAAUUAUUAGUGUAAAAUAAUGAAUAGAAUUCCUGAGUAUUUCCUAUAGUACUCCAUAAUUUAACAACCAUUAUUAACCAGGUUUUUUUUAUGUAUUUAAAACAAAUUUUCAGAAACUACAAAAAAGAGCAACAAAAUGAUAUUUCAACGGCUUCCAAAAAAAAUGCGCCGUAGAGUUAUGAGUACAACGGUAAAACGGAUGCCAAAAGAUUUACAACUUGCUCAUAAAAAGUCUGUAAGUAUUUAUUACCUAAAUAUGUUUGAUGACAUACAAUAUUUUUGUAUUGUUAGGUAAUAAAUAUUUUUUUUAAAAUUCAAUUCAGAUUGAAAAACAAAUGAAUAAACACUUACGGCGCAGAAAAGAUUUUAGGUGUAAACCUAAAAAUCGAAGACUGGAUUAUAUUCGACGUCAGAAAAACGGACAAUGGCUGGAAACUCAUGUGUGGUUUGCUAAACGGUUUCAUAUGGUACUCAAGGACGGAUAUAAAUUACCAAAGAGUUCACAUGAUAAAACCUAUCGAGCGUGUUACAGGGCUAUUGGAAACCAUUGUUUAGCACAGGUAAACAAAUUAAAUAUAUUAUAAAUUAAAAUUUUAAUAUAUUAUUAUUAUAGGAUAUUUCUUACAUUAGUUGUAUUGAACUAAAAGGACCUUAUGAUCAAAUAAUAGAAGGUUUAAUGCAUCACGUUAAUCAAGACUGUGGACGUACGUUCAAAGCUAAAUGUUAUGAACGAGGAACAAGAGAAGGGUCAAUUUGUGUAUACAAACAUGACGCUUAUCCAUAUGAAGCUAUUGGUCUGGUGUCUUUUAAUUGGGAUACAUUUAUUGAAGAGAAAUCCAGAGCAUUGUGGAUUUGGGCAGAACCAUUAGUUUAUAAGCAAUUAGUCAAUGAGUUUAAAAUUACAUUUAAUUUAGAACAGAAAGACUUUUUAGAAGUAGAACCUCAAAUUUUAAAAAAACCAGAACUUAUCAAAAGAAUGGCUAAUUGUUUAAAAAAUACCACGACUUUUAUAAAAACUCCAUGUUUUAUCAAUGGUGCUGUGAAGAUGACUUUAUUAAAAGGUACCCUGAACAGACUCCGAUUAACAGGACCGUUAUCGAAUAAUGUUUUAAGUCGUUUGCUAUAUCCUGCUUCUUUAGUCAAUUCAAAUAGUUGUAAAGGAGAUAAUUGGUGGUCGUUUCAUUUGAAUAAUUUUAAAAAUUCUAUUCAUAUUCAAAAUGAACUUUGGGAGUCUUUCAGUGGUUCUAACAGACCAGAAUCUUAUUCACCUAAUUGUGUUAUUGGAUUUCAUACAAUAGAUCCAAGAUUAGUAUUUCCAAAAAAAAGAACAAAGGCUUCACCUGAUUCUAAAGGUUUAAAAAUAUUUACCGAUUUUAUUUUAUUUAAAUGCUGCUGCAAUUUGUUACAAUUAUUUUGUUUGUUCUUAGAUUUUAUACUAUCUGAGGACUAUUCUAUUAAUCUACCGACAGAAGCAAGUUUAUCUAAUAUUUGGGAUUCAAGUAUCCGAAAGUGGUCAACACGCAAUAAAAUGCCAAAUUGUAAAAUAAAUAUGUUACGUAGUAAUUGUAUAAUUUCUAGAAACGAUAAAGUUGCAUUAGCCGAACACUCAAUAUCUUGUAUUCCGAUACUCCUGAUCCAACGACCUGGACAAUGCUUUCCAAUUACCCGUCCAGGUUAUUUUUUUUAAAACAAAAAAAUUGAACAUUUAUUUACUAUAAUAUAUUUUAUUUUAGGCUAUGGUAGUGGCUGGGAUAUUGUGUUGCCGGCAGAAUGGGCUAUGCCAUUUUGGUUAGGGCUAAUUAUGAACGGAUGUCAACCAGGUGGGCUAAGAGAAACUAUGACUAUGGUUCUAGAACGAUGUUUACCACGGUCAGACGAACCUGAUACCGAUACUGGAAAAUUAAGGUCCACGUUAGAAAAAGAAGAAGCCAUGCAGAAAUAUUUUAAGCGUCCUCCACAAAUGCGACUAAACUACAUUAAAUUAGGUUUUCAGACUCCAUUUCAUUGCCCUUGGGAUAUUCUUUGUAAUGAAUGGAUGUCAAACACUAACAGAAUAUUUGUAUUGAGAAAUAUUAAGUUUUUAACUUAUCUACAAAAUUUAACGUUAAAAUUGAAAGACAUAAUGAGUGUAAACAAUUUAAAAACUGAAUUUCCAGAGUUACAAAAUUGCUUAGUUCCUGUUAGAUUUGAAAUUUCACAGACAGGUGUUUUGAAACCUAAUUCACACAUAUGUUUACCAACUCCAGAUGAUUUAAGUAAAGUUAAAACUUACUUGGGUCCUCUAGAAAAACCUCACAAAGAUUUGAAUGCCACAAAGCGGAAGAUUUAUCGUUUGGAACACAAAAAACUAUUGAGAUCUCUGAGACGUAAACGUGUGAUGGAAAAAACAAUGAGAAACAUUCUUUGCAAACGGUUAAAGCGUAAAGUUUCCCCUACAUCACAAAUAGUUAAAGAAUAUUUAAAUGAAAUUAACAAAUUAUGGAUUCCCGAAGAACAAUUACCACUAAAACACAGUUGCAGCCGUGUUAUUUUAGGUUUUUCAGAUAAAAGUCAUUACAGUUUUACAAAAUCCAAAAAUGUAGGUAUGGGUUAUAUGCCUUUUCCAGCACUAUUAGAAUUAUUUAACUUCUGGUCAGUGUCUAAAUCAAAUUUACCCUACAUACUUAUACGAAAUUCUAAUACUUAUCAGUAUAGAUAUGCUCUUUUAAGUAUAACUAGUUAAUAUUCUUAAUAAUAAAUUUGUUUAUAUGCUUAAAAAUGUUAUAUUAUGUUGCCAUGCAGUAAAUAAUAUGCAUUAUGUUUAAAUUAUUAUCUAAACAAUUAAAAUUAAAUUGAAUCUUUAUAAUUUAAAUUAAUAUCUUUAUAUAUACAUAUACAACUAAAAAAAAUAGAGUGAGCACGCUUAGUGAAUCACCCUAUAUAUAUAUACUUUUUAAAUAAUUGAUAGAAUACUAAGACUAAACUUUAUUUCUCCUGAUUAAAAGGUUAAACUGACAGCAGUGGAAGAUCUGUGUUGUUAUUCUACCACAUUAUUUAUAAAAAGGAAAAAUAUGUACUAUACAAUAUACACGAUCCAAGCUGAACAAUAAAUUGGGGUGUUGAAAUAGAGAUGUGCACGUCAGUUUCCUGCUCAUCCCCUAUAAAUUAUAAAAUUACUUAAACCAAGUCUGUAAUGUGGUCUUUUGGGUUCGAUUCACAAUACAAACCCAUUCUGAUCAUUUUUUGUGGUCAGUUUGGCCCGCUAGUUUAGGUGUACCUGAUUCAAUUGAUUUUUUACUAUAAUUAAAAAAAAUGGAAAUGAGCUUUUCAGCUGAUUUGGUAAACUAAAACCCUUAAAGGAAAACUAAGUGUGUGAACAAACUGUAUGUCAAUAAAUAUAAACUUCCAAAAUUUGUAAUUUUUGGUUUAUAACAAGAAAUUAUAUAAAUAAUAAUUUAUUUAAACCAAAUUGUAACUUUAUAUAAGUGUCAUAUAAUAAAACAUUCAAAUGUUUGUUAAUUUUUUUAAGCAUCCAUUUGUGAAAAUAAAAUACAAUUAGUUAAUGUACACAAUUGGUAUAUAGUUAAUAAUUAUUAUUAACUAGUAUUUUACUGAAAGACUUUAAGGCAUAAUUAUAUAUAAACAUGAACUGACAAUAAAUAAUAAUGUCUCCAUUGGUUAAAUAUAUUCUUAUUAUAACUUGUAACAUUGAAUAAAAUAUUGUUGAUAAAAAAAAGAACAUGUUUUCUUAAAAUGUAUUUGUAUAAAUAUAAUAUAAUAAUACAAAUUAUGAAUAAAUAUAUUUUAAGCAUAAUAAUUGUAAUUAAGAUUGUUCUAUUAUUCUUAAAAAAAAAAUCAAUGAACAUAAACCAAUAAUUAAAUCUAAACAAAUUGCGGUCAUGGACAAAUAUUUUAGAUUAAAAUUAUAAGCAUUAACUAUUUGUUUAAAAAAUUAUUUUUAUAUUGAAAUAUUAAAAAAAUAAAUAAAUAAAUAUUUAAUCUAAUACUUAGGGUGGUUUUUUACUAGAAUAAUAUAGUAACUUUGUUAGAGGAAAAAUAAAUAAUAAAACAAAACUUGUUAGAGUAGGAGCAACGCAUCAAAUAAAUAAUUAUAGUAAUUUUGUACAUUUUUCUUUUUAAUAAUAAUUUUGGGAAGUUUAAAAAUCUCACUCUUCAAUUUCCUCUUCAUUUUCCGAUAGCAAUUCUUUUUUAGUUUCUGGGAUAUCCAAUAAUACAUUUGCGUCUUCAGGAUGCGGGACGGAAUUCGGACUUUCUGUAGAGCCAUUCAGUUUGUUCUAAAAUUCAUACAA